CUUCAACGGCCACGCCCAUAAAAGGAGCGGGACACGUCGAUGGCCACCACCUUCAAAGGAGGCGGGGUGUCGCUAUGACAACGCCUACAAAAGGGGGAGGAGCUUCAACGGCCACGCCCAUAAAAGGGGCGUGGAAACCCGCCGUGGUUUUCCCGCCUCGCGUCGCCAUGGAUCAGCAAUGGCGCGCCCACUUCAAACGGGAAACGGUUGGGAAGCUGCUGGCGCUACACUUCAAGGAUGAAAAGACCAAAGUGAACGCGGACGCCCUGAAGCUCAUGACCAGCCUCCUCCGCCUGUUUGUCACCGAGGCGGCCAUGCGAGCGGGCAGGCAGGCAGAGAGCGAGGCGGUGGACGUGGUGGACGUGGCACACCUGGAGAAAGUGCUGCCUCAGUUGCUCCUGGACUUUUGACCGUGGUGGACCGAGCCGUCGGACCCAAGUGGAACAUUAUUGUUGUUACGAAUAAACUUGAGCUGUAAAGCGA